UUCAAACGCGGCGUCGCGGGUUCUUCGCGUCUCGCCUGGAGCCAGCGCGCAAGGACUGGCGCGGGCGGGGGGAUUGCACAGCCCACAGCUGAGCCAGGCCGUUGGGGCCGGCCUGCACUGGCACCUUCGAUCCCUCAGAGCCGCCUGGCUUUUGAGCCCUCCGGAUUGAGAGUCCGUGAUUGGCCGCCUCCAGGACUGCCGCUCGAGAGGCCAGCGCUCCUUCUCCGUACCUGUCCCCCCAUAGUCACGCUCUUCCCUGUGAGGUGCAGCAUUAAUCAACUCACCUCUCCCACACACUACUUCUCUAACGUGGGUGUCCGCGUUAACUUCGUUCUUCACCUUCACUUGAGACCCCUCCCCUCUGCCUCCGGAAGAGGUCUUUUUUGCCCAGUUCCUGUAAAAUAGCACCCAUCUGGCACCCCCCGAAAGUUCAUGCUUACUAGAGAGUUUGUGGGCAAAGUAAAACCCAGUGCACACACGAAACUAUGGCUGAGCACGGGGCUCACAUCACAACUGCUUCUGCGGUGGAUGACCAGCCAUCCAUCUUUGAGGUGGUAGCACAGGACAGUUUAAUGACAGCAGUGAGACCUGCUCUUCAGCAUGUGGUCAAGGUUCUUGCAGAAUCAAAUCCUGCCCGCUACGGCUUCUUGUGGAGGUGGUUUGAUGAAAUCUUCACCCUUUUAGAUCUUCUGCUCCAGCAACAUUAUCUGUCUAAAACCAGCGCCUCGUUUUCUGAAAACUUUUAUGGCUUAAAGAGGAUCGUAAUGGGAGACACACACAAGCUUCAGAGAUUGGCCAGUGCUGGUCUCCCAAAGAAGCAGCUUUGGAAGUCAGUUAUGUUCCUGGUUCUUCUUCCCUAUCUGAAAGUGAAGCUGGAGAAGCUGAUUUCUAGCCUGAGAGAAGAGGAUGAAUAUUCCAUUCAUCCCCCUACUUCCCGCUGGAAACGAUUUUACAGAGCCUUGCUGGCAGCCUACCCAUUUGUUAACAUGGCCUGGGAAGGCUGGUUUCUUGUACAGCAGCUUCGAUACAUCCUAGGAAAGGCUCAGCAUCACUCACCACUGCUGAGUCUGGCUGGGGUUCGGCUAGGUCGACUUACAGUUCAGGAUAUACAAGCUCUGGAGCACAGACCAGCUGAAGCCAGCAUGAGGCAGCAACCAGCUGGGAGCGUUGGCGAGAAGAUAAAGUCAGCUCUGAAGCAAGCUGUGGGAGGUGCCGCCUCAUGCCUCUCUACUGGCCUUUCGGUGGGUGUAUUCUUCCUGCAGUUCCUUGAGUGGUGGUAUUCAUCCGGAAACCAAGAAACCAUCAAGUCAUUGACUGCCUUGCCUACUCCACCACCACCCGUACAUCUAGACUACAAUUCUGAUUCUCCCCUGUUGCCCCAAAUGAAGACUGUGUGCCCACUGUGUCGUAAAAACCGGGUGAACGACACCGUUCUCGCCACCUCUGGCUAUGUGUUUUGUUACCGCUGUGUGUUUAAUUACGUGAGGAGUCACCGAGCUUGUCCCAUCACAGGUUAUCCAACACAAGUACAGCAUCUGAUUAAACUGUACUCCCCUGAGAACUGAAAGGGAUUAGCACCUUAUCUCACAACGAAAUGACUGCGCUGUAAGGCCAGAGAGCUGGUUUUCCGCACGGUAAAUAGCAUUGAUACUUCUCAUCCUCAAUUAAUAAUUGUAUGAACUUUAAACAGCCACAUGGAUUUCUUUAAAAGGAUAUACUCGUUGAUCUUAACCUUUUAGCUUGCUCCCUAGACACCUCUACUUAGAGUUGACCAAGCUGGUCAGAGUGAGAGAAUCAGGACUGGCAGGGGAUGUGAGAGUCAGCAUAGAGAAGGGGAUCAAAGAGGGUACUUGGCACAGAAGCUUUUCCUGUCCCCUUCCUUAAAGGACAAGAGGUAUAGA